AUGCAUAAGUUGAGAUCACUCGACAUCGUCCACGUCACAGUCCGUGUGUGGACGACUUUGUGUAUGCAUGUGGUCGUCAGCGCCGGGGACCCACAUCGCGCGUUCACCGAAGUUGGCUAUAAGAAGUGGUUUCAGUUGACGUUGAGAGAUCGAGACUUCAGGGAGGGACUUACAUUUUUUGGGAGGGGCAAGGUCAAUGUGAAGAGCGUCGGUAAUGGACCUCCCGACCGGUGA